AUGGGCAACCUCUGCGGCAAACCCUCCUCGGACGCUUUCUCCUCCCCCGGCCGCCGGCUGGAUUCCGCCCCUCCCCCCGGUAAACCCUCCUCCGCCUCCGUCCCACAGUCAGUCUCCGCCGCCAAAACCUCCAAAGCCCCCCCGAAAGUCGGUGGUCCUCCCCGGACCCUGGGCGGCGGCGGUGAUCCCUCUUCAUCUCAAGAUGACGCGAGGAGAAAAGCUGCAGAGGCAGCAGAAGCCCGUCUCCAGCAAUCCAAAAAAGGCGGCAAGCUACAGGCCCAACUGGAUAAAGACAAGGCAAAGACCAGAGUCGAUACCCUCAAGGACGCGAGUGAAAUCGAGAGGCGGCAUCGGGAUGCGGACAGCAAUGCUGAGAUUUUGCGGAAUUCCUAG